GAGAAAAAUUAACGUCCCCUCCCUCCAUGAAGAUCGAUAAGGAGAUCUUUCACUCAAGUCACCCACAACACAAGCUUAUGCUCCAGUACACAGAAGUCCCCUUCAACUGCGAUGGGUGCAAGGAAGCCGGAAUUGGGCUGAAAUACAAAUGCGAGGUAUGCGAAUUCGAUCUACACAAGGCUUGUGCGGUUGCGCCGCCUUUCACCACUCACCCCUUCUACAAGAAAUGUGAAUUCAUGUUCUAUCAGCAACCACCAGGUAGUGUGGAUAGGGUAUGUGAUGCUUGCAGUAACGACGUGGUAGGAUUUGUGUACCACUGCAAUGGGUGUGGUUUCGAUCUUCACCCAUGUUGUGCAAAUCUCCCACAAGUAUUAGAUGAUGGGAAACACAACUUAUAUUUGUGUCUAAAGCUUUCUAGUUCUUGUCAUUGUUGUGGUGGGAAAGGUCCUGGUUGGUCUUAUAGGUCUGAUUGUAAGAACUAUAACCUUCAUGUGUCAUGUGUGAAGGAGUUGCUUAUGGAGAGUUGGCAAGCUAUGUAUCUUAAUGUGGACAAGAACAAGGUAAGGGAAUUGGAAACGAGAAUUCCAAGUCUGAAAGGUACUUUGCAUAGCCAUCAUCAUCAUCAUCAUCAUCAUCAUCACAAGGGGAAAGCAGGGAAGAAGGUAAAGAAGUGUUGCCAGAUUGCUGCUGGUGCAGUUCGUGUUAUUGUCUCAGCAAUUCUUGGAGAUCCUACGGCUAUAAUAGCUGCUGUUGUUGGGGCUUUAAUAUCCAAAUGAA